AUGGCCGCCAGCACCACGGGCUCCACGCUGCUGCAGCCCCUCAGCAACGCCGUGCGCCUGCCCGUCGACCAGGUCAACUUUGUAGUGUGCCAACUGUUUGCCUUGCUUGCGGCUGUUUGGUUUCGAACAUACCUUCAUUCAAGCAAAACUAGCCCAUUUAUAAGACAUGUUGUUGCAACACUCUUGGGCCUUUAUCUUGCAUUUUUUUGUUUUGGAUGGUAUGCCUUACAUUUUGUUAUACAAAGUGGAAUUUCCUACUAUAUCAUGAUCAUAAUAGGAGUGGAAAAUAUGCACAAGUAUUGCUUUGUUUUUGCUUUAGGAUACCUCACUGUGUGCCAAAUUACUAGGGUCUAUAUCUUUGAUUAUGGACAGUAUUCUGCUGAUUUUUCUGGUCCAAUGAUGAUAAUUACACAGAAGAUCACUAGUUUGGCAUUUGAGAUUCAUGAUGGAAUGUUUAGGAAAAAUGAAGACUUGACUCCAUCACAGAGGUGUUUGGCUGUAAGACGCAUGCCAAGUCUACUGGAGUAUUUAAGUUACAACUGUAAUUUCAUGGGUAUCCUGGCAGGCCCGUUAUGCUCUUACAAAGACUAUAUUACUUUCAUUGAAGGCAGAUCAUACCGACUGCAACAGUCUGAAGCAAAUGGGAAGGAAGAUACAAAGUAUGAACAAACGGAUCCUUCCCCAAAUAUAGCUGUGGCACAGAAACUCUUGAUCUGUGGACUGUCCUUACUCUUCCACAUGACUAUUACAAAAACUUUGCCUGUGGAAUACAACAUUGAUGAUAACUUCAUAGCUACAGCAUCAUGGCCUGUAAGGUUUUUCUACCUGUAUGUGUCUAUUAUGGCUGCCAGACCCAAGUAUUAUUUUGCAUGGACUUUAGCAGAUGCAAUUAAUAAUGCAGCAGGGUUUGGUUUUAGAGGCUACGAUAAAAGUGGAGUUAUGCGUUGGGAUCUAAUAUCAAAUCUCAGAAUCCAGCAAAUAGAGUUUUCCACAAGUUUCAAGAUGUUUCUUGAUAACUGGAAUAUCCAAACAGCUCUUUGGCUCAAAAGGGUGUGCUAUGAACGAGCCACCUUCAGCCCAACGAUCCAAACCUUCAUUCUUUCUGCCAUCUGGCAUGGGGUUUAUCCAGGAUAUUAUUUAACAUUUUUAACAGGAGUACUAAUGACACUAGCAGCACGAGCUAUAAGAAACAAUAUCAGACAUUAUUUUGUUGAAUCUCCUGCUGUUAAACUAUGUUAUGAUAUUGUAACAUGGGUGGCAACUCAAGCAGCAAUAAGUUACACAGUGGUGCCAUUUGUACUGCUCUCUGUAAAACCCUCUUUCACCUUUUACAGCUCCUGCUAUUUCUGUCUUCAUAUUGCCAGCAUCCUGGUGUUGUUGGUAUUUCCAUUGAAAAGAACUCAAAAAGGAAGUAAAAAGCAUGAAAGCGUCCAGCCUGUGUGGUCCAGAAAACUAGAAGAAGAAAGUCUUUUACAAAAGAACAAUUAUCCCACAACAAAUAAUAGUUUCAGUCAGAAACAAGAAAUAACCUGCAGAUAUCAAGCAUUAAAACAGUGA